UCGAACAUACUCCUUUGUGUGAUACUAUGUCAUGUAUGUUAUAGACGUUAAGAUUAAUCACAAUCGUUUUGUAAUUUGGGAACAGAAACAUGGACUUGAGAAAAUUAAAAAAUGAAGAUAAGUUGGAUCUCUGCAGAAAGUAUUACUUGGGUGGAUUUGCAAGCCUUCCAUUUCUGUGGUUUAUAAACUCUAUAUGGUUCUUCAAAGACGCUUUCCUAAAGGAGGAGUACACUGAACAGAAACAAAUCAGAUCAUAUGUGAUAAGGUCUAUGAUAGGAACUGUGAUAUGGACAGCUAUAAUAACCAUAUGGAUUGUAAUAUUCCAGUUAAAUCGUGUUUCAUGGGGAGAUGCAGCUGAUGCUAUGUCAUUCAUUAUUCCAAGAGGCAUACCAUAGGCAUAGGGAAUCAAAGUCUUUUAUUCCAUCGAAGAAUCAUUCACAAUAUAUAAGAGAUUAUUUUUAGAGAUAAACUGCAACAAAUAUUGUAACAGUUAUCAUGGUUAUGUGUUGAGCAAUAUAGGAAUUUGUAUUAUGCUAAUACAUUUAUCAGAUUCUAUUUAUCUUAAUGAAAGUCAUGUAAAUUAUUCAAUGUUAAUCAACAGUAAAGCACUGAAAUCACCUGGUUGAAUAUUUUGUAGAAAUAAUGAAAUAGAACAUGUCAUCACACAGAAAAGAAAUGAAUGUUUUUUUCUCAUUGGGUUCAAAAGAAAUUUUGAAAAACAAUGGCCUCUAAAGAUUAAAUAAGCUAUUGAAAACUUGCUUGUUUGACAAAUAGGAAAAUCUGUUUUAGAUAUGUUUUUCCAAAGCAGUAAAAUAUAUGAGUGCAUGCCUAUGAGUCAAUUUGAUCAUUAUAAGACUUAAGUUAAAGUAAGGGAUCAUCAUCUUCUAUUUUGUUCUGCGUUGUUGUACAUAAAUAAUAUAUUAAUACAUCAAUUAUACUGUAAGUACAAAAAAGCAUGUUAUCCUUUAGAUAUAUUUAAAUCUUGAUAACAUGCAUGUAUGGUAUGGUUUGUGAUUUUUAUGUUCAGAAUUUCUGAGAAUAGUUUUUUUUUUCAGUCUAAAAUUUGUUUCUUAAUGUUUGCAUUAUUAAAAUUCCCCCUCUUUUUCUAGUACUUAAUACAUGUAAUAUGAUCACACAAAUCUUUCCUCUAGUUCUGAAUUUAUUUUAUUUUAAUUAUAACAGACUUUAGCCAAUAGUUGUAUUGAAAAUCAUUUUAAUAUUGUAUAUUUAUUAUGUCCUUGAUGGAUAUUGUAUUCACCAUAUUCACUGUCUCAUUUAUCAUGUUUAUGUUUGUUUGAAAGAAAAAAUUGAAAUAUAUUAUGUAUAGUGUAAAUUCACAAAUUAUUGAAGGCAUUUAUUAUUGGGAUUAUUUUAAUUUUAGACUCAAAUGUUAUUUUUAUAUUUGCGAUAUUGAGUAAAUUCCUUUUUAACUCCUAAAAAAAAAACCAUAAUGCAAGUUAAAAUUAUUGUGAUUAUAACCUUAAAAGCAUCGCAAUAAUUUCUGAAUUUACACUAAUAACUGUGGUCAUCAGUCAUUUUAAGCAAUGUUUAAAAGGGCUGUUCCAGAAAAGUUAUGGUCCAAACUUUGAAAGCACAAAUAAAAUAAAUUUUGAGGGGGUUUGCUUCUGGAUAUAAAAUAUACAUUUUUCAUGAACGAUCGGGAUUCUGAAAAAAAUGACUUUGAAGUCUGCUUUCCAUUCUCAAUUUUAUUUAUAAUAUUUUUCUGGAUCUGCCCAUCGUCUGUAGAUUGUAAAAUAAUUAUGGUUAUCAGACAUGAAACAAUAAAAUAUUUACAUUGUAUAAAUGAAGAAAUUGUUUAGUUUAUUCUUGAUUUGUAUGAUUGGAUACAUGCAAAUUAUUGAAUAUAUUGUAUUAGAAUAUGAUAUAAUAAAAAAUUGUAACUUA